AUGCAUAGGUUUGUUGGCGAGAAAAGUGAUGCUCAAGGCAACGUUUGUUACAGUGGUAGUCAUGGUAACCGUGGUUAUUAUGGUAGUCUUGGCAACCGUGGCUACAGUGGUAGUCAUGGUAACCCGACACUCAUUGCAGAUACAAUCUCAACAGUCUGUCCAACAACCCAUCAACAUGAGCGCACUAUACCAAGUAGGAAGAGCAUGCAGCGGUGGUUUGGAAUGGAUGGUGUUGUGGAGAGCAAUAUACCAAGAAGGAAGACAAUGUGGUUUGUAAUGGAUGGUGCUGUAGAGCGCACCAUACCAAGUAGGAAGACAAUGCAGCGGUGGUUUGGAAUGGAUGGUGUUGUGGAGAGCAAUAUACCAAGAAGGAAGACAAUGUGGUUUGUAAUGGAUGGUGCUGUAGAGCGCACUAUACCAUGUAGGAAGAUCAACAUCGUCGUUAAACUCAUCGUUUACAUCUUUUCAGUAUUCUCUUUCGUGGCUUCGCUCCUGUCUUUGGCUCUCAUCUCGCUAGAACGAGUCUUCGCAAGUGUCUUUCCUUUUCGACACCGUGCAACGCCUUCCAAUAACUACACCAUAGUUUUUGGAUUUUUGUGGUUGUUAACUAUGGCCGUGUCCUUGUUUUUCAACUUUACACCUCGCUCGCAAUUCCAUGCAGUGUUCAUUUGCUAUUGGGCAAUUUUGACCGUUUCCCUAGCAACUAUGAUCGUUUCCUAUACCAUAAUUUUUAUCAAAGUCAAGCUGCAAGACAAACGACAGGUUCAUGCACAGCACACAAUAUCAUCGAUGCUGAGGACACAAAGACUUGAGCGUAAUUUGGCAAUGACCCUUUUCAUCGUCACCUUCGUAUCCCUGUUAACAUGGCUACCGUACCUAACGGUACGAGUAAUUUUCCUUAUGAACUACACAUCGUUUGACCUUUCUAGGAGUCUUCCUAGCAUGAUAUCGAUUGUAUUUUUGAUACAGUGUCUGAAUUCACUGGUAAAUCCUGUCAUUUACGUUUACAGGAUGAAAGAUUUUAGGAAGGCUUUUUUCCAGCUGAUUUUGAGGUGUUCACGUGAUAGGGCCAGCGUUCCUCCUAUCGGGCCGGUAGCGGCAACUGAAGGUGAUUUAACGAGAGAAAUGACCUUGCAAAGUUAG